GCGUUCAGUUCUGUCUCUCUGCUCUUUCAGGCAUUCAGUUCCCUGUGUCUUCAAACCAAAUGGUCUCCAUUUCCAGAACACUGUCCAGAUGACCUCUGAGACCUGUUCUACCUCUGACCAUUCCAGAAGUCAGAUGAAGAAUGGAUCACAUUUCUUGAAGCACUCUAGGCAUAUCCCUAAGCCCACUCCACAGAGCCCCAUUGAGUUUUUUUUCAUCAGAAACACGUGAGAUCAUGGCCGCGACCGGUAGCAGCACGCGCGCGUCCAAGCCGAGCCCAGGAUCCGAAUCAGGACCCGGGACUGGAGACAUACCCCGGAAAAGGUGCCCGGAGCCCGAAUCCGAGCCGCAGGAGCUGUUGGGGGCUGGGCCUGCAGAUGGACAGGACGAUGACACGGACAGUGAGGAGAGCGACUACUCGGGUCUGGAAGACUCAGGGUCGGACUCGGACUCUGAAGAGACCGGUUCUGAUCCGGACUCAGGAGAGGAAGACGGGUCUAAGGAGGCUUCCGAAGAGACAGGAGACGAGGACGCAGAGGUCCAAACUGAGAAGAACCUGAAUCUACAGAAGAACGAUGAGUACCAGCAGGACUCCUCCGAUGAAGAGGACAUCAGGAACACAGUGGGGAACAUUCCGAUGGAGUGGUAUGCAGACUUCCCUCACGUGGGAUACGACCUUGAUGGGAAGAAGAUCCUCAAACCGCUACGCUCCAAAGACGAGCUUGAUGCCUUCCUUGACAAGAUGGAGGACCCUGAUUUCUGGCGAACGGUCCAAGACCCUCAGACAGGGCGGGAUGUGGUUCUGUCUGAGCAGCAGGUGGCACUGGUGAAGCGGCUACAGAAAGGACAAUUUGGAGAUAUCAACUUCAAUGAGCAUGAGCCCUCUGUUGACUUCUUCAGCUAUGAUGUCAUGAUUCACCCUGUGACCAACCGCCCGAGUGACAAACGCAGCUUCAUCCCCUCGCUCAUCGAGAAGGAGAAGGUGUCCAAACUGGUCCAUGCCAUAAAGAUGGGUUUGAUCAAACCACGGCGCUCUCAGGACGAUUCUAAGGGGCGCUACUACGACCUGUGGGCCUCAGAGGAGCAGGGCCGAGUGAGGGACCUGCGCAUGCACGUGCCCGCCCCGAGAGUACCCCUGCCUGGGCACGAGGAGAGCUACAACCCCCCGCCUGAGUACCUCAUGACCCCUGAAGAGAGGGCGGUGUGGGAGCAGCAGGACCCUGAAGACAGGAAGUUGGCAUUUGUUCCCAGAAAGUUCUCGAGUCUACGUCAGGUCCCGGCGUUUGAACGAUUCAUCCACGAACGCUUUGAACGCUGUCUCGACCUGUACCUGUGUCCCAGGCAGAGGAAGAUGAGGGUGAAUGUGAACCCUGAGGACCUAAUCCCCAAACUGCCUCGCCCCCGUGACCUGCAGCCGUUUCCCACCACCCAGAGCAUGGUUUAUCUAGGACACGAAGGUUUGGUCCGCAGCAUCAGCCCCUCCCCCUGUGGACAGUGGCUCCUCUCAGGAGGCGAUGAUGGCUCAGCGCGGUUCUGGGAGGUGUCGUCGGGGCGGUGUGUGAAGAAGGUGGAGGUGUGCGGGGCCAUAAAGAGCGCUGUCUGGAACCCCAAUCAGGGCCUGAGCCUGGUUGCGCUCGCUGUGGGUUCUGAGGUGCUGCUUGUGACUCCUCCCUCAACUGCGGCGGAUAAACAGGUCGUCACGGCGACAGAACGGCUUUUAUCUGAGGAGGUGGAGUCAGCCAUGGGGGAGGGGCCUGUCAUCUGGAGCAACGCAGAAGGGGAGGAGCUUCUGCAUGGCAUCCGGAUUAAAAUCCAACACCCCAAACCCGUUUCCCAGGUGACCUGGCACUCCAAAGGUGAUUAUGUUGCCGCUGUGAUGCCGGACCACAGCAGUCACCUGCAGGUGCUCAUCCACCAGGUGAGCAAGAGGCGGAGCCAGAGCCCCUUCAGCAAAAACAAGGGCUUGGUCCAGAGUGUGGCCUUCCAUCCAAUCAGACCCUACUUCCUGUUAGCCACACAGCGCAGCGUCCGAAUCUACAACCUCCUCAAGCAGGAACUGUCCAAGAAACUCCAAGGCAACGCCAAGUGGAUCUCCAGCAUCGCCGUGCACCCAGGAGGGGAUAAUGUGAUCUGCGGCAGCUACGACUGCAGACUGAGCUGGUUCGACCUCGACCUGAGCACCAAACCCUACAAGACUCUGAGACACCAUCGGAGGGCGGUGCGCUCGGUGGCGUUCCAUCGCUCGUACCCACUUUUUGCUUCAGCCUCAGACGAUGGCUCUGUCAUCGUGUGCCAUGGGACAGUUUUUAGUGACCUGCUGCAGAACCCUCUAAUUGUCCCAGUGAAAGUGCUGAAGGGUCAUGUGGUCACUCAUGACCUUGGGGUCCUGGAUGUGACUUUUCACCCCUCACAGCCCUGGGUUUUCAGUUCUGGUGCUGACGGAACCAUUCGACUGUUCACCUGAAUCCUCCACAUGAAACUAAAGUCCAGUCUGGACCUUAUGAAGAAUGAACCUGAACCCUGAAACUAUGUCUGACCCCUGAGGCUCAGGCUUUAUGGCUGGUGCUGCCAUGUGGUGGACACGCAAAUAUAAAAUCCAUUUGUUAUUUUUUAAAUACUGUUUUGCUUAAUCUUCAGUUGAUUUAAAAUAAAAUAUUUUUGUGUCAGCAUAAUUACCCUGAAAUCUAAAUGUGAUCCAUUUACAUAAACGGAGGAAAUAAAUGCAUAGGUAGUCCGGCAACAAUUAAUCACUGUUCUAUAUGACUACAGCAAUGGG